AUGGCGAAGGAUACCAAGUUCUACGACACCCUGGGUGUCUCCCCAACCGCAACUGAGGCUGAACUGAAAAAAGCAUACAAGGUCAACGCCCUGAAAUAUCACCCAGACAAGAACGCUCACAACCCUGAUGCCGAGGAGAAGUUCAAGGAGGUUUCCCACGCCUACGAAAUUCUCUCGGAUCCUCAGAAGCGACAAAUAUACGACCAAUAUGGUGAGGCCGGUCUCGAGGGAGGCGCUGGCGGCGGUGGCGGCAUGGCUGCCGAGGACCUGUUCGCCCAGUUCUUCGGCGGCGGUGGGUUCGGUGGCAUGGGCGGCAUGUUUGGUGGUGGUAUGAACAGCCGCGGCCCUCCCAAGGCCCGAACAAUCCACCACACCCACAAGGUUGCCCUUGAGGACAUCUACAAGGGCAAGAUCUCAAAGCUGGCUCUGCAGAGGUCCAUUAUCUGCCCCAAGUGCAGCGGUAUUGGUGGCAAGGAGGGCUCCGUAAAGAAGUGCGCUGGCUGUGACGGCCAGGGUAUGAAGACCAUGAUGCGCCAGAUGGGCCCUAUGAUCCAGCGGUUCCAGACUGUCUGCCCUGACUGUAACGGAGAGGGUGAGACCAUCAAGGACAAGGAUCGUUGCAAGCAGUGCAACGGCAAGAAGACCAUCGUCGACCGCAAGGUGCUCCACGUUCAUGUCGAUAAGGGUGUCAGAAGCGGUACCAAGGUCGAGUUCCGAGGCGAGGGUGACCAGGCUCCCGGCAUUCAGGCCGGUGACGUCGUUUUCGAGAUUGAGGAGAAGCCACACCCCCGAUUCACUCGUAAGGAGGAUGAUCUUCUCUACAAGUGCGACAUUGAGCUUGUCACAGCUCUGGCUGGAGGUACCAUUUUCAUCGAGCACCUCGAUGACCGCUGGCUGAGUGUCGACAUUCUUCCUGGUGAGGCUAUCGCACAAGAUGCUGUCAAGAUGGUCCGUGGGCAGGGUAUGCCUUCAUACCGCCACCAUGACUUUGGCAACUUGUACAUCCGCUUCAACAUCAAGUUCCCCGAGAAGAACUGGACUGAUGAUGAGGCCGCAUUCGAAGCCUUGAGGAAGUAUCUACCAUCACCUUCGCUCGAGAACGUUCCGCCUGCCGAAGCUAUGACUGAGCCUGCGGAUCUUGAAGAUGCGGACAACACCUCACAGAACCGCGGCUUCGGUGCCGGUGCCAUGGACGAGGACGAUGAGGAUGGACACCCCGGCGCCGAGCGCGUCCAGUGCGCCUCCCAGUAA